AUGGUCCGCAACCUCCACCACCUAAAGCCACAGCUGCCCUUUGUUCCGGGCUUUGAAUUGGCGGGCGAAAUUGCUGCAGUAGGCAAGGAGGUGACGCAGUUUCACGAAGGUGAUAGGGUAAUGGCUCUGAAGACGAUAGAUCUCGGUGCUUUCGCUGAAAAAUGCGUUGUAGAUGAGGAUGAGGCAUUCAAAAUUAAUCCGAAUCUUUCUUACGAGAUGGCCGCUGUUCUCCCCUGUGCUUACGGUUCCGCAUAUUAUGCCUUACAAACCGUUGCGAAGGUGGAGCAGAAACAAACGAUUCUAGUUCUGACAUCACAGGGCGCUUCAGGAAUGGCAGCUAUCGAUUUGGCGCUAAACGUCUUCAAAUGCAAGGUGAUAGCUGCAUGUGACAACGAAGAAAAGUGCACGGUCAUUCGCCCAAUGGGUGUAACGGCAACCGUCGACUACUCGAAAGAGGAACUGACAAAAGCAGUAAUGAAGGCCACCAAACAGCAUGGUGUUGACCUAGUGGUGGACACGGUUGGCGGCCGCUGGUUCCAUGAAGCGGCGAACUGCGUGAAGGAAGAUGGCAAGGUACUCGUGCAGGGUUUCUCGUCCGGACAGGUUCCCACUAUUGAUGUCCAACAUCUGGUUCAGAAACAGCUGUCACUGCAAGGUGUCUGGUUCGGUGGCUACAUUCGUCGAAAACCAGACAAGUUCCACUCAAUUAUGAGACAUAUAAUGAAGUUACUGGAGGACGAGUACCUCAGUCCGGUUAUUCGGGCCACGUACAAAAUCGAAAACGUGCGUUAUCAGGGUUGA